AACGAGUGCAGAGUGCAGACCCGACCUUAUUCAACCAAACCAAAUCCAAUCCACCUCCUGUUGCUCUCAACACUGGCCGGCUUGCUAUUGCGGGCUUGCUCUCUUUCCAUUGACAGCGUCCUUUCAAACAUUCUUUGGCUACUCGUUUGUGAUACCCGCAGCAAUAGGAGAGUCUCGAGAAUUACCCCGUUGGAUUUUCCUUUGGAUCUGCUCAUACCCGACCGAUCGGACCUCCCAAGGCACUGGAAAGAUUUGUGAGAGAGACGGGAAAACAGUCGCUGGCAGGGACACCUGCCAAGUCUGCGUCUGUGAUGGGUAUGCUGCAUUUCGUCCUUGGGCUCCUCGUCCCCCUAUCCGCCACCUACUUCUUUCAGCAACCACAUAUAAUUCCAGAUCCCCAGAUAAUGCCGCCUUCUAGCACUUGCACUGUCCAUUUGGCUGAUUAGUUGCUUCCACCCUAUUCUAGGCUACUCCCCCGAAUCACCACGACACAUGUCUCCAGAUGCAACUUCUCCGUACCCGGAUCGUCCUAUUCGACCUCUCCCCAAACGUCGUCUACGUGAAAGGCUUUCCCCAGAUGUUGCCGAAACGAUCAAGUACCCCCCAACACCGAAGACAACCACACCCCUGUUUUACCAUCCGUACAAUCCAAGAGACCUCGAAGAGACUAGUGCGGGUGGUGGAUUAGUAGAAUCGCAGCAUCCGAGCGAGCGGGAGAGGGCUGAUGAGAUUGAGCGUAACUACAUUUCGAGACGGCAUGUGGAGGAGGUAGAUAGUGAAGAUGAUGAGGCUGCGUAUCCAAGUCGGAUCUAUUCGAGGCGUUCGGUGGACGACACUGGAAGAUCUUUUCGCUACGUCCAGAAGCCAGACUCUAAGCACCCAAAGCCUCACCCUCCAGGUUCGGCAGCUUCUUCAGCAGACGGGUAUGACUCCUUUGAAAAUACAAACAACAAGAAGAAAAGAAAGAUCCCCACACCAGGAGAUUCCAAUCUGAAUGGGGUUCAUCUUGCAAGUGAUAUUGUUGGUGCAGUUGGACCGGAAGAUCUAGGGGAAGACAUUGGUGCUGGAGUGUAUCAGAGUUCGGGUAGUGGUCAAGGAAUUUCUGGUCCUGGAAGAGGAAGGUACGGUCGAGUGAGAAACGGAAGGAGCCCUCUGAGAACGCUGUCUGAUACCUCGAGCAAUUGGGGCAACGGACGAACGGCCAAGCAGAGACAACCUCAGUGGUCACCUUCAACCGAAUCUCCAGGAAUUAUUUCUAGAUCAAUUGCAAAUGCGAACGCAGAAAAGAGUCCAAUUACCCCCGCCAGAGGUCAAGAAAACGUCAGUCUCUUGGAGCAACAAGCUUCUAAGAAGGCCAGUCCAGCCUCUGCUCAGUUCACGUUCACCUGCGAUUCUCAAGUCCCAGGCACUGUUGCAUGGCCCGGCCCCAGCAGUUCUGCCACAAUGCACCCAGCUCCAGCAGCCACUCGAAUGAGCACGCAUGGAACACAAACAAGCCCAAACUUGCCAGCGAGCCAUAACCCCCAUCCUGUUCCUCAGGCUAGAGGUCCAGCUCAGCACGCGCCCAACACUGGAAAACAAGCACCAGUGCAAGAACCGAAAAAGAAGAAUCAACGUCGAACUGGCAAGGAGUAUCUGAUUGCAGCACGCCAACGUCGUCAGCAACAAGAAUUCCGGAACUUCCACCAUCCUCCUGCCCCACAAGACAUCUGGAUCUGCGAGUUCUGCGAAUAUGAGCGUAUCUUCGGCACACCGCCCGAGGCUUUAAUAAAGCAGUACGAAAUGAAGGAUAGACGUGUUAGGAAGCAGGAAGCGGAGAGAAGGAGGUUGUUGGAAAAGGCGAAGAUGAAGGGAAGAAAGGGAAAGAAGGGAAACAAGGCCGCACCAAAGCCAUAUGCUGCCCCGCAGGAUCGACAAGCACAACACCAGCAACCAGCUGCCAUGCAUCAAAGCCAGAGCCAGGGUACGCAGAGCGAGGAGUAUUACGAGGAUGAGUACGAUGAUGAGUAUGCCCAGGAUGACCCGCCUCCGCCAUCUCCUGUUGCACCACCACCCGCUCGCCGAACUGAGGUUCAACAUGAUCCAGGCAAGCCACCACUAUUGGGAGGAAUCGACACCCGCAUCGCAGCUUGAGCGCGAUUUGUGUGAUGGUUCCUCCCUCUAAUUACUCUGGAAGCCAGGCUCGGAAUCUAUGUGCCGCCAAUCGAAUCGCAUUAUCACAUUAGUGGAAGUGCACAGAUUGGGCGGGCACUACGGCAUCAUCCUGCUCUGGACAGCAUCCCCUUUUCCUUUUUCGAUAACAACCCAGCAGAGCAAGCAAGCAUUGAGCGUUGACGCAUUGCGGCCUAUUCCCCAUCAUCACCACCUACACUUCACUGUAACCCCCUUCCCCUUUCAUUCACCUCUCACUCCCCUCAUAAAGAACUUGCAUAAAGGUCUGAUCUGAUCUGAUCUGAUCCGCUCUGGCGCUGGGAAAGGCCAAUGGAUAGAUCGAUCGAUCAAUCAGACCUCGGUGUUUACUGGUUGGUCCUACGUUUACUGGGCGGCAGGCGGC